AUGCAAAAGAGGGACAUGAAAACUAGAGCUCCAGCGUCGGUCGCUCUGACCUGCGGCACCCAACUCCUCUUUCGACCGUCCAGGUGUUCGCAUCCCACAAACACACCGACGACAAGCCAAAUCGACAACUACGACGAUAUUGACGAAAGCGACGGACUAUCCCGACCACUGCCGGCCAUGUCGACCGCCCCUUUCAGGGUCAAGGCCCUGUUCGAAUACUCCUCGCCCCACGAGGAUGACCUCCAGUUCCCCGCCGGCGUCAUCAUCACCGUGACGGACGAGGAGGAUGCUGACUGGUUCACCGGCGAGUACGUUGACGACUCUGGCGCCAAGCACGAAGGAAUCUUUCCUCGCAAUUUCGUCGAGAAAUUCGAACCCCAGGCCCCGCCUCGCCCAACGAGAACCCGAACCAAGAAAGAGGCCGAGGUAACGUCCCCCGUUUCGGAGGCGGCCGCCCCAGCUCCUCAAUCCGAGCUUAAGCCCGCCCAAGAAGCUCACAAUGAGGUCGAGAAACCCGCGCCGCCCCCCGCUGCUGCUGUAUCUGCCUCGCUCGAAGCACCCGCAGCUCCCGAGCCCGAGCCUGUGAAGGCACCUGAGCCAAUCCCCGAACCGACCCCGGUUUCUCCGGCUCCCAAGACUGAGUCCCCCGCAGCUACAUCGCCUCCCAUCGCCAAGGCAGCGCCUGCUUCAUCGAAGCCCGGACCACCGCCCAAACCGUCCAGCAAUGCUUUCAAGGAUCGCAUCGCUGCAUUCAACAAGGCCUCGGCCGCUCCCAUUACGCCCUUUAAGCCGAGCGGGCUGGCCCAAGGUUCCUAUCACAUCAAGAAGCCCUUCGUGGCUCCUCCUCCAAGCCGCAAUGCAUACGUUCCCCCACCUACACAGGCACCGAUCGCAAAGGUUUAUCGAAGGGACGAGGACCCGGAAAUUUUGGAAAGAGAGGCAGAAGCCCAGGAGAGCGCUGAGAAGGCUGGCAUAGUUCCUGGUCCCUCCGGCGAAGAGGGCGAAGAUGUGCCGAAGCCGACCACCCUGAAGGAGCGCAUUGCACUUCUUCAAAGACAGCAACAAGAACAAGCACAGCGUAACGCCGAGGCCGCUGCGAAGAAGAAGGCUGCACGACCACCAACCAAGAAGCGCACCGACAGCCAGGAGGGUCCUGAGGAUGCCGGCGCUGCUCCUGCUCCUGCACCCGAGGCCGAUGCGGAGGAGGUGGCGGGCCGAAGUUCGAUAGAUUCAGCGCGUAUGCCACCCCCACCUAGACGAAAGUCUUCCAAGGGCCCUGUUACCGAGAGCUACCAUGACGGUAAUGAAGCGGACAUGUCUGGGGCUGGUGACACUACAGAGGGUCCGGAAGAUCUCACCGAACGCGAUGACAGUGAUGCAGCUCCACGGCCUGUUCCCCGGCCUGUUCCUCGGCCUCAAGUCGCCUCGCCUAUUGAGGCAAGACAUGAGGAAGACCCAGCUGAUGAGCAAGGCGAAGACGAUGAAGAAGACGAGGACGAUGUUGACCCCGAGGUCCGCAGAAAGGAGGAGCUUCGAGCCAGAAUGGCUAAAAUGAGCGGCGGGAUGGGAAUGCACGGCAUGUUUGGAAUCCCAAUGGCUGCUCCGGCUAUUCCAAAGAAGAAGAAGACAAUCGAAAAGCCAGUGGAAGCCUCGCCAACAGAGGAGCACGAAGAGGAGACAUCACCUACUAGCCGUGUCGCCGUGCCGGGUAUGAUGGCAUUGCCAGGGCUGAGCGCACCCAAACGCCAAGAAGAGGCUGCCACUGAGCCUGAGCCGCCAACAUCUCCCAGAGCGCCGCCUCCACCUCCACGAACAAUUGAGGUCGAUGAUGACAGAGACGAGCCCAUUACGAGCCCCCCUCCUAGUCUUCCUCUCCGUGAACCCUCUGGAGCUCCUCCAGUUCCAGGAUCCCGGCCCGCAGCGCCGCCUGUUCCCAUCGAUUCUCGGCCCCCUACUUCUGGGCUCAAAUCCCCCAGUGAAGGCUCAGUGUCCGACGACGAGCUAUCAGGAGGUGCCCACGAUACUCCCAAGGCCGAAGAAGCACGAGCACCCCCACCACUGCCGCCAGUUGCCACUGCCGCACGCUCGCCACCUCCCAUCCCUGGUUCCGAGUUUUCACCAACGUCUCCCACCAGCUCUGCAAGCAAGCGGAUGAGCAGAGUCCCGCCUCCUAUCCCUGGAGCGGCGCCUCCCAUCCCCACGGCACAAUCGCGACCGCCUCCUCCACCACCUCCAGGUGGCGCUCUGAGUCGUCAGUCGACGCAGGACAUGCACGUAGCAUCACCUAUAUCACCUCCGAUCAGACCUCCUCAACAAGGUGACGAUGAGGACGAGGUUACCGAGUAUGAGGGAGACUACGACACCGACAUUGCCUCGUCAGUUCCCCACAAGGACGCUCUCAAGUCUCACGCGAGGGACUCGAGCCUCGACGACAACACACCAGUCAGGUCCCCCAUUUCUCCGACCCUACCACCGACCAUGCCGCCGCCCAUCCCAACCGGCCCGCCACCUAGAGCUGCCCCACCCCCGGUGCCGACUGCUGAUAAGCGCCGCUCGGUGGAUGUACCACGAACAGCUCCCCCGCCUCCUCCGCCGGCGAGAGACGAUGACGAGUAUGACCCCUAUAACUACUCAACCCCGAAGCUGCCGUACUCUCAGCGAACCCCGAAGAUCGAUGAGGAAGGAUACUUCCAGGAUGAUGCUCCGCCUAUGCCAUCGCCGUCUCACACGAGAGCUCCGCCUCCCGCCCCUCCUGGUGGCCGAGCUCGCCAGUCUCUGGAUGUAUCGCGAGCCUCCAUGUCUCAACGGCGCUCUAUGGAUGCGCACAGACCUUCCAUGUCCACAGAAUCAGGCUUCAUCGCUAACAAUGUUGACUUGGCCAAGCAAAGUGGAUGGUGGCGUCAGGAUAAGACAGUACCUCCCGUGUUCCAGGGUAGAAAGGACUUGUACUACGAGACAGAUGACUCGACAUCAGGCUCCCACGUUACACGUACCAUCUAUGUGCUCUUCCAAGAUUACUCGCAGACCAUCGUCACUGUUGUAUACGACCAGAACAACGCGGCAGACGUCCAGCUAGAUCAACGACAUGAUCCGCCUCCCAGAGCGCUGCGACAAGAUGAGCUUGAGCAAUCCUACGAACGCUUCGGAAGGCCCAUCUCCGAGGCGGUCGUCUCCAAGAAGGAGACGGUUGUUGGCGAUGGAACGCCGCAAAGUCUCAUCCACGAGCUCUUGAAGCCGUUCAGCGAUGCCCUGGCGCCGAUUGGUACUAGGGCUUAUGGCGCGCUCGUCUACUCCAACAUGGCCAACGCUUCAACACAACAAAACGACCAGAUUCGACCCGGCGAUAUCAUUUCCAUUCGAAACGCUCGGUUCCAGGGCAAGCACGGCCCCAUGCACGCCAAGUAUUCGAUGGAGGUUGGCAAGCCCGACCACGUGGCGGUUGUGUCGGAAUGGGAUGGUACGAAGAAAAAGGUCCGCGCCUGGGAGCAGGGCCGCGAAAGCAAAAAGAACAAAGUCGAGAGCUUCAAGCUGGAUGACUUGCGUAGUGGUGAGGUUAAAAUUUGGCGGGUGAUGCCCCGGAGCUGGGUGGGGUGGAACAGCCCGUCUUAG